UCUGUCACAUCUGAAUCAGUCCGGUUCCCUCGCUAAACUAAACGAGACGGUGUGAUGUGUCUGUUCACAGACGAUCUUUGGCUACCGAACCACCUGGCGCGUGUUUUAAACGUCAUUCCACAGCAACAGCAGCAGCAACCGUUAAUGUUCAAAUGUUUCAGGCGUUUUUAUUUGUAACAUUUCCUUUUUUAUACAUAACGUUAUAUACUUUAAUGAAUUUAACUAAUAUACAAAGUUAGCUAGCUUUGUGGGUGUAAACGAACAUUGACGUUUUUGCCUAAAGUUAACUUACGUCGCACAAAUUGACGCUAACUGCCGAAUCAUGCGUGACAGCCGAGCGCCACCGCCAACAUGCCACCGCAAAGUCUUCAAAUGUGAAGUCCUCAACGAUGCGAAACAAACUCAAACGGUGCAAGAGAAGUAAAGAUGCCUCGUCCCCAAGCAAAGCCCCGCAGAGGAGCGCCGAGGUGAUAACGGCGGAGUCAGCAGAGUCCCGCUCCUCCAACCAGCAAGCAUCACCAGCAAAGGACACACCCGGCUCAAGUGUUUCUGCUCGGGGACAGAGGAAGACGUUUUGCGCAGAAGACAUUAAAAUUGCACCAGUUUUCUUACGUUCAGCUCAGCUCAGCAGGAGUCAGCGGGGCAGCGAGGGGACGCCGGGUCAGCCUGCAGAGAAGCUGCAGAGGUCAGUGCAGAGUGAAGGUGUGCAGCCGGUCAAAGGUCAGCAGAGGAACAGGUGUAGAGGACAGUUGCCACUCUCAACUCUGCACAGCUGUCUGGAAGAAAUCCAAAUAUCCAACCCUGCGUUUCCAGUGCGAGCAGUGUUCAGCACUUUGCAGAAGAAAACAAGUCUGCAGGAUUUUGGAUCUACUGCAGAUGACUCCCCAGUUCAAAGCUCCCUACAGAAGCAGUUGAAAGAGAAGAGGAAGUGCGGAGAUGAAACCUCUGAGAGGGCGCCCAAACGUCUCAGGUCUAGUCUCAGUGCAGAGGGUGCCGUUGUUGAGGACCGCUGUAGCGUGUCAGCACUGGGUGUUCAGGAUAGCGCUGUCCCCGUGGCCAGGAAGCAGCCCAGAGGCAACAAGCUGAGUCGCUCUCACAGGCUGAGGCAGCAGAGUGGGAGCCCAGCAGGCCUGGUGAACAACUGUGAGCCGCUGAUAAACCACACACAGUCUGACAGCCAGUCACUCAAAUACUCUGACAUCCUCCAAAGAGAUUCCGGCUUUGAGGAUGUUCUCUGGACGGACAAAUACAGUCCUCAGCAUUCAAGUGAAGUCAUCGGCAACUCUGCCUCUGUGAAUAAACUGCAGAGUUGGUUGAAGAAAUGGAAACUAAGAGCCGACUGUGACGAGAGGAGAAAAUUGGAGGAAAGGAAUCAAGAAGAAAGCAGCAAUGACUCGUGGGACUGUGGAGACUUCCAGGGUGACGCUGGGGCAGAGGAUGACAGAAAGGAGCCGCUGUGCAACACCAUGCUGAUUACAGGGCCUCCAGGUGUGGGCAAGACCGCCGCCGUGUAUGCCUGCUCUCAGGAGCUUGGCUUCAAGGUGUUUGAGGUGAACUGCUCCUCACAGCGGAGUGGCCGCCAUGUUCUGUCCCAGCUGAAGGAGGCUACCCAGUCCCACCUAGUGGAGAUGUCUGGGAAGGACCCACUGAAACCAACUUACUUCAACAACUACAACAAUAAAGAGACUUUAUCUGGAAAGACUGUGACUCUGAAAAAUGUCACCUCUACCUCAAAAAAGAGGGCAGCACAGAACGUUGGCAGCUUCAGUCGCAAAAGAAAAGCGAAUCCCGCCACAGUCACUUUGGCCAACUACUUUAAGAUGAAGGCCAAAGCAGAUCACUUACACCUCGGUGGUCUGUCGCCAUCUGAAAAACCAGACGGCCAGACAUCGGGCAGCCCAUCACCAGCCUCUGAUCAAACAGUGCCACAAAAUAAAAAGACAGCCACAUCACUCAUUCUGUUUGAAGAGGUUGAUGUCAUAUUUGAUGAUGAUGUUGGUUUCCUCGCAGCCAUCAAGACUUUCAUGGCAACCACUAAAAGACCGGUCAUUCUGACCACCAAUGAUUCAUCAUUCAGAGAGAGAUUCAACUGCACCUUAGAGGAAAUUAUUUUCAAAACCCCAUCAUCGGUGAAUGUCUGUAGUUACCUGCAGCUAGUGGCUUUGGCUGAGAAUGUGCGACUGGAGUUGGACGACAUUAGCAGCCUCCUCAGACUGUCUGGAGGUGACGUCAGACGCUGCCUGCUGCAGCUGCAGCUCUGGGUGCACAGUGGUGGAAGAGGGGCUCAGAAAGGAGACGUGCCAAAGGAGACUACUGGUGUAAAGCUUUCUGAAAAAGGAGACAAUGUAGACCCCCAGCUUCCUCAGUGUGACACAGGCUGUGCUGCUACCUUGCUGGGGCUCCAGCCUGUGACCCCCAAAAAACUUCUAAACCUUCUAAAGGCAAAGGACACCAUUAACCUUUACCCAACCCGGAUCCCAUAUGAGGAGUCCAGUGUCUUCAGCCAGGUGGAUGUUCUCCAUCCAGACCUGAGGAGGUUCCCUGCAUUUCAGGGAGCCAGGGCCCACGUCGUCACUCUGCAGCCAGAACAGCUUCAGUGUCCAUUCUGGUCUGAAAUGGACAUGACUGAGCUCCUGAGGCUGCUAGCUGAGAGCUGGAGAGGAGGUGUGCCUCUUCUGUACGCCAACCUGGAGCUCCUUCUACCCAUCUGGGCCAAAGGAACUUCAGCUCAGUUCCUGGAGAAGGGGACUUGUUCUGGGCUGCAGAGUGAGCUGGCACUCCCUUACAGUGAUCCUCACAUCCAGCUGCUCGAUGGAAAUGUCACUCCAGGGGCUUCAGCCACCGACCGCAAAUCUGUAAGAAAUAUCUCCAGGCUUAGCCGAAGGAAAUACAUCCCCACAAUGUUUGACACCACGUCAUCCUCCAGUUUGGCACAAAAUCCUCAAAAAACAUCAUUAUCAGCAAAGAGGAGUCGUUCAAGAGCCCCUAGUUCAAGAGACGCGACUGAAGUGGCACUCGACUGUUUGGAUGCCUUGACCAACUUCUUUGACCUCAUGUCGUACCUCGAUGCCACGAUGCCGGCAGCAGAACCACUUGUUUCCGGCUUAUGCAGACCUGAGGCGUUUUGCUGGACAGGAGCUGUGAUAAAGGAUGGCUUGUUGGAUGAGAUGAGUGAGGUGGUGGAGGAGGAGGAGGAGCGCAGGAGUUGGAGCCAGGAGAAGCUGUUGGAUAUUCAGGCUGCUGUUGAGGGCUUGGGGUGUCACAGGUGCCUGUGGCAAAUGUCUGAGGCGUGUACUGAAGCCCAAAAAUACAGACAGGAACUGGGAGACACAUGGUGGGCCUCCCAGUCUCUUGUCUCUUCCAAAAGACAGAGCCUCAGCUUCAGUGUUCAACCUCUGUGUGCACCAAGUGUGUCUCAAAGGAGGUACGAGCUGAGCAGGUCGGUGCUUGGCAGUAAAUCCUUCAGCCUGCUGGGGAACAGAGAAGCUGUCAGUGUCGACUACGUGCCGGUCCUCCGCUACAUCUGCCGCUUCCAGAGAGAACAGAGGCAGAAAGAGGAGCCCGUCAGGUGUCUGAACUACCUCAGCAGCACACACCUGGGCCUCUCAAAGUCGACCAUUCAACUCCUGGCAGAGGACUAGAACCUCACAUUCUCACUACCUCACUUUAGUGCAGUCAGUAUUUAUUUGACUGUGCAUUUAUCUGAAUAUU